GUGAACCUCCACUUCAUUAGUCCUGCAUCAACAUGAAACCACUCACCAACUCUCUCUUUCUGUGCCUGGCACUGGCUCUCACUAAUGGUGCCCCCACACACCCUUCACAUGCAGAGGAAAAUGAUGGAGCUCUGCCAGACCGUUGUCAGGGUAUUGAGUUUGAUGCGAUUGCACUCGAUGAGAAAGGAAACGCUCUCUUCUUCAAAGAUGAAUACUUAUGGAACGGCUACCAUGGUCCAGCUCAGCUCUCCAAUGAGUCCUUCAAGGAGCUAGAUGACAUUCACGGUAUUGGCCACGUUGACGCAGCUUUCCGCAUGCACAACAUAGACAACCCCGACGAUCAUGAUCACAUUUAUUUCUUCCUGGACGACAAAGUGUUCAGCUACUACAACCAAUCUCUGGAGGACGGGUAUCCAAAAGACAUCCAGCAAGACUUCCCACAAGUCCCCUCGCACCUGGAUGCAGCUGUGGAGUGUCCUAAAGGAGAGUGUGUAACUGACUCCGUUCUCUUCUUUAAGGGACAUGAUGUACACGUUUAUGACAUUGCCACAAAAACAGUGAAGGUCAAAACCUGGCCAAACCUGCCCGUGUGCACCUCUGUUUUGCGCUGGUUGGAGCACUACUACUGUUUCCAUGGACACAACUUCACCAGGUUCCACCCAAUAACAGGAGAGGUGAACGGACCCUACCCAAAGGACGCUCGCCAUUAUUUCAUGAGAUGUGCCGACUUUGGCCAUGGAGGUGGAUAUCAAACCCCUAAAUGCAGUGACGUCAAGAUAGAUGCCAUUACCAGUGAUGAUGCAGGCAAAACAUACUUCUUUGCAGGUCCCAUCUACGCUCGUCAGGACACUGCUCGUGAUGGUCUACAUGCCUUCCCCAUUACCAGAGGGUGGAAAGAGGUGACCAAUGGUGUAGAUGCUGUCUUUUCCUACACUGGCAAACUUUACAUGAUAAAGGAUGAUCAGGUAUACAUCUACAAAGGAGACGCUCACUACUCCUUGAUCGAAGGCUACCCAAAAACCUUACGGGAGGAGUUGGGUAUUGAAGGACAUGUGGAUGCUGCAUUUGUGUGUCCCAGUGAACACACUGUUCAUGUCAUCCAAGGUCAAAAUAUUCGUAACAUUGACCUCAUCGCCACGCCCAGGGUCGUGACCCAAGAUGUCCCACUAAUGUUGUCAGGCAUUGAUGCAGCUAUGUGCGGUUCAGACGGAAUCAAGAUGUACAAAGGCUCACAGUUUUACCAUUAUGAAAAUAUGGUAACAUUGACAAGUAGAAUUGCACAAAUGCCUCAAAAUAUCACUGGAUCAAUGUUUGGAUGCCGGGACUAGGAUUCAGAGAUAAGAAAAUGCAUGUAUCUGGCAUAAAUCUUUACUUCCCUCAUUCAUGUAGUGACCCAGGUACUAAGAAGCACAUAUUGAAUGAAAGAAGUUUAGGAAAGU